UGUGUUGGCAGAGUGAGCUUAUUGCUUGUUUGUUUCCUGACAUUGCACACUCAUGAGUCAGCUGGAGGCGGACCCACAUGGACCAGGAACACACUGUCGCACUGACAGCUACUGGAUACAACUCCUGACCGAACUACAGCUGGAGUCUUAAGUAUUUCAAAGGAGACUCGAACGAGCUGCUUCACAAAUAGCGUGUGAAUAAAAUAUUCAAGGGCUGGAAAAUGAGCACGGAUCUGGAGGAGCAGGAAGACGAACUGCUCGCUCUGCAGAGUAUCUUUGAUUCGCAGGAGUUCGUCCGAGAUGAGCCGAAGUGUGCCGGAGAAAUCCGAGUGUCUGUUGAGCUUCCUCCGGACUUCAGUGUGGUUCUGAAAGAAGGUGAUUCUCUGAGGCAGUAUGAGAUUUCAUUCCUGCCACCUCUGCUUCUGACCUUUGACCUCCCCCAUGACUACCCAUCCUCCUCCCCUCCCUCUUUCACCCUCACCUGCAGUUGGCUGACUCAUCCACAGCUCACUGCGUUGGAUGCUCAGCUCACUGAUCUCUACCAGGCCACUGGGGGCGCUGUGGUGCUCUUUUCCUGGGUGCAGUUUCUCAGAGAAGAUGCUCUGAAGUUUCUAGACAUCCACAGCCUGCUGGAGCUCCCCUCUGAUGAACACAGCACUCAGCUCUGUAACCAAGACAAAGAAAAUGCUGCGCUCUCAGAACCAAAUAGUAAUGAACACACUCCACAGUCUGAACCCACCGAUGACCAACGCUGUGAUGUGUCAGAUCCAUGCCAGCCGGACCUCUCUGGAUCAUCUUUGCAAUUUCAGGAGAAUCCUUCAGCCUCAGAUGGGAGCAGCACAGACUCUCAGGGAGCUUCUUCUUUAGACUCUCACCAACAAGAGACGAUGGUCCAAAACCAAAUCGCACAGGCUUCAAAUGUGACAGAGGCUGAACAAACCAUCCAAACCUCCGAGUUUCAGGCUGACUAUCAGGAUGAUCUCUCUUCAGCAAUAGGCCCAAGUGAACAAGAAGCCGCUUCUCUGCCCGUCCACCCCAGAAGUUCUUCUCCAAGUCAACACCAAACCUUUUCUGAUCUCUCCUUAACACCAUCACAGGUGCUCCUGUCCCAGAUUUUGAUCUACAAUGCAUCCCAGGAGCAGAAAAUGUUCGCCACCACCUUGUUUGACUGUGGUGUUUGUUUCAUGAGCUGGCUCGGUUCAGAGUGCGUGCAGCUCUUCGGAUGUGGACACAUCUUCUGCAAGCCGUGUUUGGGCGAGUUCUGUAAGGUCCAGAUAAAAGAGGGCAACGUCCGGGGAGUCACGUGUCCUCAGGCAGAUUGCGGUGCCACCCCUACACCUGCACAGGUGAAGAGUCUGGUGGGAGAGGAGCUGUUCGGCCGCUAUGACUACCUCCUGCUCCAGUCUACUCUGGACAGCAUGGCUGAUGUGACAUACUGUCCUCGCCCUUCCUGUGCUUCAGCUGUCAUUGUGGACAAGUCCAGCACUGCAGCGAUGUGCUCUGUGUGCAGCUUUGCCUUCUGUGUGAAAUGCAAGAAGACCUACCAUGGAGCGCAGGACUGCCAUACAAUGAAGAUAGGAAAUGAAGAGACAGCUCCAGAGCAGGGCUAUGCCAGUCUGCCACAAUCACGAGUGGCGCAGAAGGCUAUUUGGGAUGACUAUUCCAGCGCAAGCAAAGAAAGGAAGCGCCUCCUGGUGAGCAGAUAUGGCCGCAGCUUCAUUGGAACUUUGCAGAUGUGUCUGAGCGAGGACUGGAUAACUGAAAAUUGCAAGCCCUGUCCUCACUGCUUCUGCAAAAUACAGAAGACCACUGGAUGUAACAUGAUGUUGUGUACUUGGUGUAAACAACGGUUCUGCUGGAGCUGCCUCGCCAGAUUAGGACUGAGUUCAUAUGAUCACAUUCCGGCAAAUGCCUGUGCAAGUCAUAACUUUGGCAGGUGAUGGACAUAAAAACAGAUUUAAUGAAAAACAAACUAGGUCUUUUCUUCAAUAAUAAUCUGGAGCUAUUUGCUUCAAACACAGUUUGAAACUGUGCACAAUAAAGAUUUGAGGCUAUAUGAUUUUUUAAUAAAAAUCAACAAAGAAAAGGGGCAAAAACUGAAAUGAUUUUCUUCGCUAGAAAAUUGAAUUUUAAAACUGUGUGUCAUACUGUGUGUUGAUCAGUAGAGGGAACUAAAUAACAAGAAUGACAAACCAACUUGGGCACGCUGGCGUCUAAGUUGACAAGCGAUUACCUCUAUAUCAACAAAUUAAAAUUGUCCUUAAUCAAUCAAUAUUUAUUAAUCUAACAAUACUUUGCUGUAAACUUUACUGUGACAUGAUCAUUUACAUAUUGCAAAAGGUGAAUAGUCUAUAAAAGAGAUUGCCCUGUUCCUCCCCCAGGUGUGAUCAGGAUACUGUUCUGUCAGUAUUUAUCAGUCAAGCUCAUAUUUAUUUUUUCAAUCAAAUGUUUGGGCUAUAAAAUGAGAAAAAAUAGUGCCCAGAGCCUAUGGUGAUGCCUUCAUGUGCCGUCUUUUGUUUAACCAACAGUCCAAAACCAAAGAUAUUCUCUUUAACUGUCAUAAAAGACUAAAAAAAAAAAAAUAAUGUUGCACUUUACUUAACUGUUGGUCAGUCAGUUGAUCAAGCAGUUGGUGCCGCUCCAGUGUUUUGUGAAUCACUUUUUAAGAUUCUUGCAAUGUCUUCAGGAGUAUCAGAUGUGCAAUACAUUUACUGUGGUAAUGUUAUAAAGCUAAAAGAUAAAAGUGCACUAUAAAAUUAUCACUAGAACUUUUAAGCACAGGGAAAGCAGGCUGACAUACAGCCGGAGAUGCUGUAUGUGCGGCGAAAGCUUCAAACCUCUGCUCUGCACAGUUUACACGUGUUAUAUUUCCCUCGAAACAGCAGUUUACAGGUAGCUCUUGGGCGUUUGGUAUCCACUCACUCAUUGAUUUCCUGUUUUUGAAGCGUCCCCCUCCCUUCCUCCCCUGUUCUGUCAUAACAGUGGAACAAAGACCAGUGUUGCAUGUCCCCAGGCUGCCUGCAGCAUGAUCGGAAAUCUACAGCUGUCUCUCAUAUUAAAGCCAAAGUGUUUGUGCUCCUCCGUCUCUUCCAGGAAAAAUCCCAAGUCUCUACACAGGGGUCACUUCCUCAUAAAUGUCUAAACAACUGUUUGCCUUACUGACCCGCGGUACUGUAGCAGGGUCUGGAGGACUGUAACUCAGACUCCGACUGUGUUUGUGUUUGUCCAGUCUCCUGGCCAUUCCUGUGAGACUGAAAAUACGAUUGGAAAGGCGCACAGAAAAGAAUGGCAACAAGGAACAUAACAGAUAACACGCUUAGAAAAUAUAAUACGGUACUUGAGAACAACAAGAACUAAAGCUGACAAAUUGAAAUACCAUUAAGAAAAAGACCAGAUGAGGAGUAAAUAAUGCAGAAAUCCCGGUCACAGGAAACUAACGAGCUUUAAACUCACACUGCAUUAGCUUUGGCAAUAAUUGGAGCAAGAUUUGCCUUCAGCAUUGAAUCUUGCAGAAAAAAAAAA